AUGCUUGACCAUUCAAUCUCGUAUAAUGUUAGGGAACCUACAAAUAAUGUUGAACCAAUAACCAUAGAUCCUACUGUAUCAGCCGCAUACGUAACACAAGUUUUGAUAAUUCCACCGAUAUACAUUGUUUUUCUUGCAAGUGUGUUAUGCUGUCUCUUUAAUGCGGCUUUUAAUUACAUUCUUUCAGGGAGGGGAACAGUUGCACGUACAAUAGAAAAAUGGAGCAGCGUAUUGCGGUUAUUAAGACAUUCGCUUAUUGUUAAACAAAAAAAAGAUGUUAAAACUAUUGUAACGGAAUCCAACGGAUAUGGAGAAGGUGAUGGUCUUUUGGAUUCAAACACAGUCUCUACUGAUCACGUUGAUAAUGCACUUUUUUUUCAGGGAAUAUCUAAUCCACAAUCAUUAGAAGAGACUUCACCUGUAGUAAACGCUUCCAUAGCAAAUGAGGCCUUACAGAAUUCAUUACAAUAUGUAAGACUUGAAGCACAACGUAUGGUUUUUGUUUAUAAUCCCAAGUAUAUGAUCAUAGCCACAGCAAAAAGCUUAAUAAUGUUAAUGAUAAUUCAGUAUCAUUUUGAUUUUAAGGGUGGUUGGGAUAGGCUAGUUGUUUGUUGUGCAGCCAAUCUGAUGAGUGGGUUACUUACGCCUGUAUUGGAGUAUGGUGCUCGCCUUUUACUCCCACUUGACCUUGAUUGUGGUAGAAAGGAUUUGGUUGUGGAACCCGAAGAGCCGAAAGACUCCGUGCUUAUUGUUGAAGUACUUGUUCAGAUUGGUAGACUGGAGCUUGAGGACCUUGAAACUGUAUUGAUCCAGUGUAGCACAUUCAUUGUUUUUGGAGCUGUUCUUUUGCCUGCAGCGGUAGUGUUUUGUGUGGCUGGUUUUAGUGCUUUUAUUUGGGUCUUUUCACCUAUAUGGCUAGUGUAUGCGUUGGUACGUUAUUUCUACUAUCGCUCUGCUAGCGUUGGAGUACAGGCAUCCAGUGGUAGAGGAGGUGAUGUGUUGUUUACACCUGCAGGUGAAUUUGUGAAGGCGGCACUGUUGAAGGUGAUGACUUUGUUUUUACUUCAAUGGACGAUUCAAUGUAGUUUCCUCUUUGGUUUGGUAUUACUGCAGGGUGGAAAAUAUGUGGAGGCAUUGCGCACAGAAGCGCAGAAUCAAGUGUUCUGUUGGUAUAAUCCAAUGAAGAUGAACCAAUUCCAGUGGCUGUGUUUUGUCAGUCAACUUUUUUUCUAA